CUCCUCCCCCUCCUUCCCCUUCAGCCUGCGGCCGGGCGGCGCUGGGCUUUUAUCUGCGGACCGGGCGGGAGGGAGCCACAUCCCGGCGGUCUUCCCCGACGGCAGCGCUGUGCGCGGCAGCCGCACCUCUAAGCCGGGUUCACCUUUGCGUCCGCACCGCCCUGAGCCCGGGGACAAAGGGUCCGUUCCCGGCGCAGCGAGAGGAUGGUCAUCCGCGUAUUCAUCGCGUCUUCCUCGGGCUUCGUGGCGAUAAAGAAGAAGCAGCAGGAUGUGGUUAGAUUUCUGGAAGCCAACAAGAUAGAGUUUGAGGAGGUGGAUAUCACAAUGUCAGAAGAACAGAGGCAAUGGAUGUACAAAAACGUCCCCCCAGAAAAAAAGCCUGCUCAGGGCAACCCUCUGCCACCUCAGAUAUUUAAUGGCGACCGAUACUGUGGAGAUUAUGACAGUUUUUUUGAAUCAAAGGAAAGCAACACAGUCUUUUCCUUCCUUGGCCUGAAACCACGGUUGACAUCAAAUGCAGAGCCUUAAGAGAGAAAAAGUGGAAGAUGAUGGAGAUGCAUUUUGGAGCACCCCCCUGGUACUCAGCACACACCUGCUUACCUAAUGCAUCACUGUGACAAAAAAGCCACAUGCAUCAUCAGUAACUUUGCUUGCCACGGAAAAGGUGUUUUUGGAAGAUAUGGGUAUUAUGGGAAUUGCAUGAUUGCUUUAAACCAAAUCAGGCGGUGGAUUUUUCUUAUUUUUUUUUUUUCAGAUUUGCCUGCAGUUGCCUCACUCAUCAGGAAAUAUUAUCACCUGUUACAGGUGUGCUUCCUUAAUGACUGAAAGAUAAGUGGGUAGCACCAUCAGAGAGAAAAUGUUGGAUCUGCCCUAGGUUAUAGUAGAUGCCGGAAUUGUAUAAACCUGCUUCUCUUUAAGCUGCCUGGAUUGCAUCCUUGAAAUUAGCCUGCCAGGUUUUUAGAGUCUUUGAAUCAGAAAGAAAAAAAGCAAUGCUGGUUGACAGAGGGCACUCAAGAUUUUUGCUGUGGAAUCACAAACGUCACUGUUCCAGUGCUUUUUAAUAACACCUGUGAAAAAGUUAGGUGUUCUAGACUCAUUUUCGUAGUGGAAACUCUUACCCUUAUAAAUCCUCCAAGCUCCUACAGAUGUCUCCAGAAAUCCCUGUUACAACAUCUAGUGAUCAGAACUAAGUUACAGGGAUGAAAAUAAUUGCUAUUUUGGAAA